AUGGACGCCUCCUCCCUCCGCAUCUCCAAGUUCGAUGGAACUAACUUCCACGCCUGGAAGUUCAAGAUGCAGAUGGUGCUGGAGGAACGGGACCUAUGGGAGGUCGUCAGCGGUGAGAUCAAGGCGGAACAGUGCGAGACUCAGUUGGACCAAGCGACGUACAAGAGGAAGUCAAGAAAGGCGAUGGCAGUGAUCUGUCUAGCCAUGGAAGAUUCCCAGCUACCGUUGGUCCGGUCGGCAAGUGGUGCAUGCGACGCAUGGUCAAGGUUGGAAGACCACUUCGAGAAGAAGAGUCUUGCCAACAAGCUGUUCUUGCGCCGUCGCUUCUUCACGACAAUGAUGGAAGAAGGCGACGAUGUGCUCGAACACAUCAACAAGCUCAAGACGCUGGCGGAACAGCUAGAAGCGGUGGGGGCUCCAGUCUGCGAGGACGAUCUGGUGAUCACACUCCUCGGCAGCCUGAGUGACUCGUAUCAAUUCUUGAUCACAGCUUUGGAGUCGCGCUCAGACACUCUUAGCUGGGAGCUCGUGACGUCUCGACUGCUUCAUGAAGAAAUGAAGCGGAAGGAGCAAGGAAGUAAAGGUGAUGAAGCUUCGCAAGGUCAAGCGUUCAUCACAAGGGACAAUCAGCGCAAAGGGCGACCAGUGAAGAAGUCCUGGCCGUGCCACAAUUGCGGAAAGAUUGGUCACUGGAUGGCGGAGUGCCCCUCGCGCAUCCAAGAAAACACGGAGAGACACCGGCCACAGCGUGCUCAAGACAGCGGCGACCGCUAUCGAUCACAACGUGCAAACGUCGCUCAAGAAGAAGACUCGGGCGACUACCUCUUUUCGAUCGGUGAAACGACAUCUGCGAAAUCGAGCGACAUCUGGCUGGUCGACUCCGGGGCGACGCAGCACAUGACGUGCUCCAAGAAGUUCAUGCGGAACUACAAGGGGUUUGACGCUGUGGAUGUCCAUCUCGCGGAUGAUGGAAUCGUCCAAGCAAUCGGCAGUGGGGACAUUGUCAUGUCGAUGAAGACACCCCAAGGGAUGAAGAAAGGUGUGCUCACAAACGUGUGGCACAUCCCAAAGUUAUCCAGAAACCUGUUCUCGGUCGGCCGCUUCACCAAGGAUGUCGGCCCAGUGACGUUCACGAAGGAUGGGUGCUAUGGAGAAGCGAAAGGGACCAAGUGGAAAAUUGGUGCCCGUGAAGGUAAAGGACUGUUCAAGCUGCAAAUGACUUCAGUGGCGCCGGAACAAGCAAAUGCAGCCAAGUCGUCGGGAUGUCAAGGGGGCACCAAGUCGUACCUCUGGCACCUUCGGCUUGGCCACAUAGGUCACGAUGGACUCAAUUGCAUCGUGACGAAGAACAUUGGAAUUGGCAUCGACAUAUCUUCGGUGAAGAAGUGGGACGUGUGUGAAGGUUGUGCUCUGGGAAAACAGACUCGAGUGCGCUUCCAAUCAAACACUACAGCUCGCACCUCCAAACUCCUCGAAGUGAUUCACAGCGACAUCGGAGCGAGGAAAGCGGAGCAAACGGAGCGGAGAGACCGAAGAGAGUAG